UGAUCGACCUGCUGCUCGUCACCUGUCGGAGUCACUGAUGUGUUAAUAGAAUGAGACGCGCCGACAACAAGGACGAACCUGCCGUUUACCAACGGGUCGUGUUAAAGAACGCCUCGCCGUACCACUACAUGAAGGUCUGCCUUGUGCUGGAGGAUGAGUCUACCAGACUGAGCGCCAUUGAACUGAAGCUGUUCAUCGUCACAGGUCUGAAGAGUCUGUUUGGAGAGGUGGGAGCAGCAUUGACCUUUGACCUGUUGAAAUACGAUGAAGAUACCCUCACUGCUCUUCUGCGCGUUUACAGCAGGGGUUUGGUGAAGCUGUGGAGCUCCCUGACUCUGCUGGGCUCCUACCAGAACCAGGCCUGUGCCUUCAGAGUGCUGCAGGUGUCUCCGUUCCUGCUUGCUCUGACAGGAAACAGUCGAGAGCUGCAGCUGGACUGAAGGAGGUGGAGCGUUGUUUUCUUCAGGAUGAGUUUCAUGUGGAGCAGUAUCUUUAGUAAACUGCGGCUGUGCCUCUCCUCCAUCACAGCCGCUCCUCCCUCCUGCCGGCUGCUCCACGUCGGCCAGCGAGCCUCCCUCACAAAAGCAUUCUCCUCCCGCGACGUGGAGCUGUUCGCCGAGGUGACAGGCGACAACAACCCCCUCCACCUGGACCCGGCCUACGCCAGCACCACCUCCUUCGAGAAACCCAUCGUCCACGGCGUCCUCAUCAACGGCCUGAUCUCGGCCGUGCUCGGCACCAGGAUGCCCGGCCGCGGCUGCGUCUUCCUGUACCAGGAGAUCCGCUUCCCGGCGCCGCUCUACAUCGGCGAGGAGGUGCUGGCCGAAGCCGAGGUCCGCAAGAUCAAGAUGUCAUUCGCCUUCAUCGCCGUGACAUGCUCCGUCAAGGACAAAGUGGUGAUGGAGGGGGAGGUGAUGGUGAUGAUGCCAGAGGAGCAGCAGCAGAGGGAGUGAGAGGAGGGAAUGAGCACCCUGAUGUCACAGUCGCAGUGGAAUUUUGGUCCAUGUUGCUGUUAUUUUUGUUGUUUAUAGAUCAUGUACUUGAACCCUGGCAACAAGAAGUGCGAUCUGGACGGAGCGGUAAACGGAGAAGUGUCAGUGGCGUGAUGAUUUAUUGUUUAGUGUGUUUAAUUUGUCAGAUCUGCUCUGUAUUUUGUUUGUGUGAAAUCUUGUAUGUGGAAUAAAAAUGCUAAACGAUGAUUGGUUU